UGGUUAUCUGUAGUCACCCUGAAACUGAAUCACGGAAACCUCUCGGAAUCGGAUAAAUGCAAAAUAUGCCUGUUUUGGAGCACAUUAAAGCCAUGGCCGAGACACCGACUCCAGCUGGGAACACCACGCCGCCGGAGGACACGGAUGCUCCGCAGCAGGCCGUUCGGGAGCUGACGCAGACGGACCACCUGAAUAGGCGCCUCUUGAAAUCGCUCCUGGACAACAUGCAGGCCACCGAGGGCGUCUCGCAGGACGGCGACCACGCCUCCAACGAGGAGGAAAACGAAUUCGAAGAAUAAAUCCUUUUAUUAGAGUA